GGCCCGUCGAAAAUAAUUAUCGCGAUGAUUAGCGCUUGUGUGAAUGAUAAGCUUGAAAUCUCAAAAAACGGCAAAGUUAUUCGCAGUAGUCACCCGAAAGAAAUUCAGAAGUCGACAGUAUUAAUCGACGCUGACAUUAUUUUUUAAUAAAAUUCGGAGGAAGUUAUAGUUUUUUGAAUCAGUACUUUCCAGUUGAGAGUAGUCAUCUGAAAAAAUGACUCUCCUCGAUAAAAUCAUUUGCCUAGGUCUGCCAUUGAUUUUUAUCUUAUUUUCUGUGGAUCAAGUUGAAUGUAGAUCGACUGGAAUUGUUGAAACGGAUCGAGGACCUGUUGUAGGGGAAAUCUUAGAGACAAUUGUUGAUUCGAUUGCUUAUGGUUCCUUCAAAGGAAUACCUUAUGCCAAACCACCCAUCAAUGAGCUUCGAUUUUGGCCUGCUGAAGACGUUGAGCCUUGGGAAGAUGUUCUUAAAGCAACAGCAGAGGGUAAUGAAUGCCCUCAGUUAGAUCCUAUUACUAAUACCUUCGGUGGUCAUGAAGACUGCUUGUACCUCAACGUCUACACACCCAAGACUAAUUUCGGUGAGGACUUCUCAGACGAUCUUUUACCUGUAAUGGUGUGGAUUCACGGCGGCAAGUUUGCGACAGGGUCUUCUAAUGCUUCACUGUAUGGUCCUGAUUUUAUUCUCGAAGAAGGUGUUGUCAUGGUGGCCGCCAAUUUUCGUCUAGAUGUAUUAGGUCUCCUAGCUCUAAAUAUUCCGGAAGCGCCAGAAAAUAUUCAACUCAAGGAUCAAGUUCUGGUGCUCAGAUGGGUUCAACGGAAUAUUGAUAAAUUCGGUGGUGAUCCCAACAGAGUUACGAUAUUUGGUUGGAGUUCUGGUGGCGUUGCUGUUGAUUUGCACAUGAUUUCAGGGGUCUCCAGAGGAUUAUUUCAUGGAGCCAUUGCAAUGAGCGCUGCUCCCUGGAGUGCCUGGACAUUCUCAUCUCGAAAUCAAACUGAAACUCGAGCUUUUCGUUUAGGAAAAAUUCUAGGAAUUGAUACCGCGGAUAAAACUAUUCUUUAUCGUGAACUUAUGAAAAAAACAUCAUUCGAAUUAAUCACUGGAGGGGAAAAAUUGAUUGAUAAUUUGAUACACGCGGAUCGCAAAUUUAAACCGGUAAUUGAAGAUGUUAGAGUGGCGGGUGCCGAUAGUUUCUCUACGGAAUGUCCGAUCAGGAAAUAUAAAACUGGACAAAUUGCCAAAGCUCCCUAUAUGACUGGCUAUACGCGGAAUGAAAUUCUCUAUUUCACUACGAGUACGCAAAAUUUAUUUUGGUACAUUGAACUUGCUUUGAAGCAGUUCAAUGGUCGUCGACAUCCGGUGCAGGAAAAAUUAGCGCAUCUUCACGACGAAUUGUCGAAGGUGCUGCACAAAAAUCUGUCAGAAGUGCCAGUUGAAUUAUUAAUGCAAGCGAUAAACAAUAUUACGAACACCCUGUACAAACCCGUGAUCAAUCAAAAACAAAAAUUGGUCGCUGAAAUGUCGACAGCUCCAGUUUAUUAUUACCAGAAUUCAUAUGAUCCGGGAGAAUAUUCAUACCGUCGAUUAAAUGCGCAUGUUAUUCCGAGUUUGAACGGUGCCGGCCACGGAGACGAUAUAUUAACCAUUUUCCACGUACCUAUCUACAAUUUACCGUUGGAGCCUGAGCAUCCCUUCUCAAAGGCAAGAAAGCGAAUGGUGCGAAUGUUCACCAAUUUCGCAAAAUAUGGAAAUCCAACCCCGGACGGAAAAUCAGAUCCUAUCUUGAAUAUUACAUGGCCAAAGGCCCCGGAAAACUAUUUGGAUAUCAAUGACAAGUUGGAAAUUGGGGCCAGCCCUCUCGACGAGGAUGCCAAGUCAAUUGAGAGGGAUUUUUCUGGGUCAGUUUGGGAUGAGUUCAAUGAUUGUCAGUAAAAGUGCAAAGGAAAAAUAGCAGAUCAAUCGCCAUUUUUCAAUCAAGUCUCGCAUCAUUCAAAAUGGCGUCUUCCACUCCUGAUUUUUGUGAAGUAUAUGAAACGAAAG